CAUAUAGCUUGAAGACUGUAAUUCGACACAGCUUUCGGUUUGGGGAUUUUAUAUUGCCUGGCUGUAAAAAGGCUACUGUAGCUGACUGUAUUUCAAGAGAUCAUCGCGGACGCCGAGCCGAGCCGGCUCGCUCAGUGCGUGGGUAAUGUAACUACGUGUAUUUUAUGUCACAAUUCAGCGGUCUGAGUAAUCAGACAUCGAGGACCACUGAGUCAUUGGAUUUUUUCAUGGGAAGGUUAUUUCACAAGCACCAACGAUAGAAACUAUUUAUCGUAGUAGGCUGUCUGGGUUUUCCUGUCACGUAGCCUAAACGGAUUCGAAGCAAGGUGGUUCAUCCCUUGUAUCUGAGAUCAAGACCCUCCCCCUUAAAACUUUGUUGUCAAUAACUCCUGGCGCUCACACACAAUGCAUAUGUGGGACAACUACAGCCUCUGAUACCUGCUAAUCAGAUUAUGAGGAUUUGCCAUUACUGUGUCAAUGACGGGUAAAAUGGAAACACCCUUCUAUCACGAUGACACACCAAACGUGCCAAACUUUGGGCAGAUGCCAGAUUACGAACGGUAUCAGACCCACAAGAUGAUGAGCAAAAAGAACAUGGCGGCCCAUCACUUCCAAGGUGUGGUGGGAAGCCCGUCGGGUCUGAAAAUGCUUCAGGGUCAGCCAGGCAGCAACGGCAACAUCCACCCAAACAGCCUGGGGAUUAACAGCAACACCAACAGUGCCCUGAUGGCGGCACACCAAGACAUGAACCUUCUCAAGCUCUCUUCGCCGGACCUGGAGCAGCUCAUCAUCCACUCCAACCAGGGCCUGGUGACCACCAGUCCGGCCCCCAACGCCUCGGGCAACCCCUUCAUGUACCGCAACCAGGCCACCAACGAGCAGGAGGGCUUCGCCGACGGCUUCGUCAAGGCGCUGGCGGAGCUUCACAAGCAGAACCAGCUGGUGGGGGCGCCCAUGUCGCCGUCCUCGUCCAUCCAGGGCACCUACCAGCGAAUGGCCAUGUCCGGCGGCGACAUGCCCAUCUACACCAACCUGAGCAGCUACAACCCCAACGCGCUGACUGUCUCGUCCUCGUACCCUGGCGGCCAGCUCCCCUACCCGUCGGUGGCGCACGGCGGCGGCGGGCCCUCCGGUCACCACGGCGGCGGUCACCACGGCAGCGGUCACCACGGCGGCGGUCACCACCCGCACAGCCGAGGGCACAUGGACGCCCCCCAGACGGUGCCCGAGGUGCCGCACCCGCCCGGCGCCGACCCGGCCAGCUCGCCACCGUCGCUCUCGCCCAUCGAUCUGGAGACGCAGGAGCGCAUCAAGGCCGAGCGCAAGAAGCUGCGCAACCGCAUCGCCGCCUCCAAGUGCCGCAAGCGCAAGCUGGAACGCAUCUCGCGGCUGGAGGAGAAGGUGAAGGUGCUCAAGACACAGAACUCGGACCUGGCCUCCACCGCCAGCAUCCUGCGGGAGCAGGUGGCCCAGCUCAAACAGAAAGUCAUGAAUCAUGUCACCAAUGGCUGCCAGAUAGCAGUCAGCUCCGCCACCAUGGCCAAGAGUGGGGAGAGCACCAGCUGCUGAAAACAAUGGAGACAAGGUUUCUCUCUCUCUUUCUCUGUCUUUCUCUCUCUCUCUCUCAUUCACUCGCUCGCUCUCGGUCUAGCUCGUUGCUAGUCGUUGUCUCUUUCUCUUUUCUCUCAGUUUUGUUCUGCCGUCGCGGUUUGACUCAGUGGUGUGGAGAAAUGACUUGGACUUGGUGAUGGUAACAGAGGUCAUAGUGCUGAGAGGUGCGAAAGAAGGGGAAACCCCUCCUGGUGCCACUGCCUUGCCGAGAGGAGAGAGAGAGAGAAGAGGGGGGUGGAGGAAGGGAUGGGGGGGGGGGAUCCUCCAAGGAACAUUUCAGGACACUUUGACUCCUGGGCCCCUUGCAAAUGAAUCAUUGGAAACACAGAAGACACUCCUUGAAAAUACAGGAGAGCUGCGGGAAUGCCACCCAAAAGAGAUGGUAUGGUUCAAAGGGAAAUGUCCUAACCACACACACACACGCACACACGCACACACACACACAAGCACACCUCUGAGAUAAGGGUGAGGAGUGUGCUCUAUUUGCUUUAUUGUAUUGGCACUUUGCACUCGAUCAGGUUAGCUGGAGGCACCCAGGCACAGGGGAGACCAGGCCAGGUUCGCCAUAGCCCUGAGGAAUAUCACAGCCAGCCACACAUACACACACAUACAAACACACACACACACACACACACACACAGCAGGGCCUGCACCUCUGAAUGACACGGUCUAUUCAAACAUCGUGGAUUCACUGUGGGACACGGCGAGUUGACUCAGAGUGGGGAUUCCUCACACACACAAAAAAAUAAUAAUAAUCGCCCCCUCGAGGACCCUCGGGAGACGUGUUCAACCCCAGCUCACGAGUGAAUCAACACACUCACCGCUUCUCUGUACGGGAGAGACAGAAGGGGGAAAUGGCUGGGGCUUUUUUUUUUUUUUUUUUUACUCCGAGUUUUCUUUCAUGUUCAGUUUUUUGGUCAGCUAUACAAUGAGUUGCUGGGUAAAAUGUGUGCUUAAAUUACGUUUGAAAUUAUAUGCACUAGAGUCGUGGAGUUGACUUUUAAGACAUUUCAAAGUGACCAGCAGCAGAAAAGGCUUUGUGGGUGUAGUACAAAAAAAGUUUUGCACCUCUAGCUGUAGAUGUUGCAACGGAAGCUUCAGGUAUUAGAACUUGGUCAAAAUAUACCCACGUUAACUGAGUUAGUUGGCUGUGUCGUGAUGUAGUUAUCAGUGCAGAUUCUUCUAUUUUGUCUAAGUCAUCAUGUCUCAACGACCCAGUGGAGCAUAUUGUUAGUAUGUUUGUUUGUUUUACUAUUGUGCAAUUUGUGAAUAUUGACAAAAAAUUACCUUUUUACGACAAAAGUGGAACUUUCAACUUUUUAAAUGUGUACUACAUGACUGUGUUUAUUUUGAGAUUUAGAGUAGUUUUGAAAAAAGAGAGAGCAUAUUUAAACUAAAUAAAUCUGUACGGCCUGGACUUUAUAACUGUGCAACAACAGAGCACUAUCAAUGGUACUUUGACUUCUUCUGGUUGAGCCUGAGUGAAAUGAAUCUGCAUUCCAAGACAAAGACCUUUUGCACUGUAUUUCCUCGUCAUUAAAGACACACCUUUAAUAAUGCGUUAAUACCAUGCGUCUACCAUGACAGCAUGUAUUAACCUCAAGCAACAGUGUGCGGGGCUGCCACUUUAAGCCACAUCAGUUCUGUUUAUUUAAGGUUUUUUGUGUGCUAAAAGGACAAAAUGCUGAGAUAUAGAAAGGGAGAAUAUUAUCAUAUUAAGAAUCACAUUUUGGGUUACAUCGAGAAAGCCAGUCUGAAAAAAAUAGAGAAGGGCUUUUCAAGUAAUAGUAUUUGCUUUUUCUCUUUGUUUUGUUUUAUUUUGUUUUGCAUUGUCUGGUUUUUGUAAGAAUUUUCAAAAGCAAUUUAUUUAUGCAAAAAUUAUCUAUACUAUUUAUGUUGUUUGUGUAAAGGAACUGUACAGGUUGAAUUACCAGUGUCUUAUUGACACUGUUUUUGGGACUUAUAUUGCACAUAAAUCAUAACAUUAAAUGAUGUCUGAUAUUUAUCUCAAAUCUCUCACAUGAAAUGUAUACAACCGUAUACAACCUACUCCUUCUGAAAACUACUUGGUAUUUUUUGUGGAUUCCUGAAAAAUAAAACUCAAGAUUGUCACUAUGAAACGUAAA